AUGGCUAAGCGGGUGCUGGUCACUGGCUGCACCCGAGGCCUGGGCCGGGAACUGCUGGAGGUCUUCGCGGAAACUGCGCGCGUGGCCGGGUGCGGCCGCGGGGAGUUGGAGCUCCAGGCGAUGAGGUCCCGGCUGCCCGAGGCGCGCCUGUGGCGGGUGGAUCUUUGUGAGGCCGCAGAGGUGGAGCAGAUGGCGCUGGAGCUUCAAGAGCACUUCGGGCAGCUGGACCUCCUGGUCGCCGCUGCCGGGUUCAUGCCCCCAAACGCGCCCCUCGGGGACUCCGCGCCGGACGCGGCCGGCGCCUGGCGCCGGGCCGUGGAGGUGAAUGUGCUAGCCCUGGCCCAGCUUCUGCGCAGCUUCGCGCCGCUCAUGGCGCCCAAAGGCGCCAUCGUGGUGCUCUCCUCCCGCUACGGCCGCGCGGUGGCCCCUGGUAUGGGCUGCUACAGCGCCACCAAGUGGGCCACCGAGGCCAUGGCCAAGACCUUGGCCCUGGAGCUCUUGGCGCGCGAAGUCGCCGUGGUGUCUCUGGACCCGGGGGUGGUGAAUACAGAGAUGCUGCGGCAAAACUGCCAGACAGAGGAGGAGCUGAAGUGGUGCGCCCAGCAGCGGAGCCCCGAAGAGUUCGCCCAGGAGUGCGGGCCCUUCCUGCUGUCGCUUGGCCUGGAGGACACCGGCAGGAACCUCACGGCGCCGGGGAGCCCUGAGAGCUACUUCCAGACCGGCGUGCCUUACAAGGACCGGCCUGCGUGGGCCAGCGGCUUUGGCGCCUUCCGUGCCAGCAGGCGGCAAGCCAGGCGGUACUUCAUCUCGGGAGUGAUGCUGGGCAGUCAGAAGACUCUCACGGAGGCAGGCCUGGCACCCCAGAACUACCGCCAGCAGAUCAGCGACGUCAUCCGCAAGGCGGACCCGGAGGCCGUCAUCGUGGAUCCGCUGGAAGUGGUGCAGCAGAAGGCCGCGAGGGAAAACUCCAACAUGGAUGGCCUGAACAGCAGCACCGGCGCAGUGCGGGAGGCCUUCCUGGAGGUGGUCGGCCUGGUCCAAACCUGCGAUGUCAUCGUGAGCCAUCUGCCGGAGGCCUCCAUGGGCAGUGCCGUGGAGCUCUGGGAGGCGAGGAAGCAUCAGCUCACCGUGCUCACGAUCUCGCCCAUGAAGGACAACUGGACCAUCAGGUCCGUCACUGACCACAACUUCGCCGACCUCGCGGACUUCGAGGCGAACUUGAGCGCUCACCUGUGA